UCACAUUUCUGCUUGUCAUCGUUUUUUCGAAUCUCUUUUUUGUUCUCUUUUAUUUUCCUUUGUGUGUUAGAUGGAGUGUGACAAGUUGAACUGCUGUACUUCUGUGCAAAGUUCUAUGUUGAAGCCAGUCAGUCAUUAUAAUAGUUCAUACCGAAUUAAUAGUUAUAGGGAUUGGACUUAAGGGAUAUCAAAACCCUAGUUCCAAGUCAAUAGUUUCACCAUUUCUCUCCUCCUUUUGGUGUUCUUCUAACUAACGUCUAAGUUCUAGUUACCAGCCUUCGAAUACUUACAAUUAAAAGGAGUGAAGGGAAAUGUUAGGGCAUCACAUUAAAAUGUAGUUCAGUGGCUUAAGAGCCAAAUUUUCAACCAAUGGGUUAUGGGUUCGAAUCCCUCUCCACUUAUUUCAUUCUGGUAACUGGCUAGUAUCGCCAACUCCUCUUCUUUUAUAAACUGGGAUGACCAACGACCCAUAUCAUUCCUAUAGCACUACAUCGGAAUCCCGUACACUGGCUAGUAUUUUAGGUAACGUCAGUAAUUCGCCACCGUAAUCCUUAGUGACCUUUAGAGUCAUACCAUCAGAUUCAGCCGCUACGCUUCGUUUUAGGUCAGAAGUAACUACUGACACCUCAGCUACAGUCGGAAGACUCUGGUUUACACCCCAACUAGAGAGUGGUUUGAUGGUGUGAAGAUGUACGGUAAAUGUUGCUAGGAUCCUAUUAACUCGAGCAGUAGUCACAAUGCAGAUGUAAGUCGGCUGAACUGCUUCCCGUAGUCUUCCGCCCAAUGUUUUAGUUGUCUCUCCUGAGAAGUUUCUAAAACCCCAUCCUUCUUGGAUAUGAUUUCGGUUACUACAAUUUUCCGGAGAGUAUGUUUCUCAGGCAAGCCUGAUUAAUUCAUGGAAAGGUAUUAUAGAUAACGGUUAUCGAAUGGUGACUUCUGACUGCCACCAUAUCCUUAUUAAACGCAGCCCAUCACACAACUUCUUAAACGGUGUGAGGAACUUACGCUAUGCUUGUAACUGUCUUUAGUCAGCUGUCAGUAUGGCAGUGGAAUUGAUGAGUCUUCGUGAAAACUUUUAUAUUGAUUUAUCAAACAGUCAAUUUGCUGAUUCAAACUCUAUGUAGAUUUAAAUUUCCGUUUCACCUACCGUUAAUGCAUUCUCCAUGUUGUUAGUAUGUGUUUGUCUUCCUUGAAGCGUUUAUUUUUCACUAAAAUGGUGAUGAUAAUAAUGAUAAAAUGCAUAUUAGAAGUCAUAUGCAGAUUUAUGUACUAGACUUUAAAGUAUAUCUGACAUAUAAAGACAGAUGAUGCUGUCUGUACUGUGCAAAAAGUCCAAUUGGAUUAGAUUGGUUCAAACUCGAGGUCCAAUAACUGCUAUCUUUCAACUUCAAUAUGAAGUCAAUGCUACUAUACGGAUCAAAGACUUGGCGCGUCACGAAGGGCACUUCAUCAACAACUGUAUUCGCUCUAUGCUACUCAAGAUCAGAUGGCUAGAAAAUAUCAGCAACAGGGAUCUCCGGGAACGAACCAACCAGGAACCAAUUGUGCAACGAAUAAUCAGGAAGAAAUAGAGGUGGAUUGGCCAUACUCUGUGAAAACCAUCAAAUGAUAUUACACGCCAGGCACUAGGAACUAAAGAAGACAAAUAAUAGAUAGUUUUAUUGCGGAAUUUUUGGAGAGAACAGAACUAUUUAUCACACUUAAAUAACACCAGAAAGAAAAUAAACAACAGACAUCAUACAAGUGUGUACACUGAUUUAUCAGCCCAACUGUGGACAAGAAGAAAUCGGCAAUAGAGAAAGAGAGAGAGAGAUAGAAAGGCGAAAAAAAGAUGACAGUUGACUAUUUAUCUUGUGGGACAUGUUUUGUUACAUUUCGUCUCUCUGAUAUCAGUAUGUUUAUUGAGCAUAAAAAAGCAAGUUGUCUUACAGAAUCCAGUCAUCCUUCGAACAAGCGUAAACGACAAUCAUCAACUCUGUCAUUGACAACACCGGCAAAACCUCUACUACCUUGUAAUUCUCCACCAUUGAGUGAUAUUACAAAUAAGAAUAUUAAUGGAUGUAAUGAAGACCACAAUGCUAAUACUGCUGCUAAUAAUAAUAACGAUAAUAAACACGAAUCAGAGAAUGAUGUAUUUACCGGAAUUUUAAAAUGUGUCCAGUGUUUACGUCAGUUUACUACACCUUGGCGGUUUUUAAUGCAUAUACAAAUUGAACAUCAGUUAAUAUUUGUUAGUUCUUGUGGAACAUCACUUUCUUCUUCUUCGGAUGAUGAUGAUGAUGAUGAUGAUGAUGAGGAAGUGACGGAAGAAGAAGUAGGCGAAGAACAUCAGCAACAACGACAAGAAGAAGGAGAACAACAACAGCGGAUGAAAUUAUCAUGUUCUGAUUCUGAAGAGUUGAGUGAUGAUGAUGUUGAUGUCAUAUUGGAACAUACUGGUGAAGAUGAAUUUUCAAAGGAGGCAAACAAUUGUAAUUCCAAUCCAGUGACAACGAUAGCAGCAACAACAACAGCAACGACUGCUGUUCAUGAGAUGAGUAAUGUUAAUAUGACUACUACAACUACGACCGCUACUACUAAUCCUGCUAUCAGUAGUCAUAACAGCGAUAAUAAUAAUGACAGUCUUAGUAUUACUACUAGUCGUGUAGAUACCUCCAGCAGCGCCCAGACUAACAGUGCAUCAACACAAACACAUUUAAUUGGAAUUAAACAACAACAACACCAACGUUAUAUCCCUCAUCGUAAGCGUAAAUACUUCAAUUGUUGUAUGAAUGAACCAACUAUCCCAUGCAGAAAGUUAACUAAUCUAACGUGUACCAGCUUAAAAGAAGUAGUUGUCCAGCGUUUACCAUCAUCAUGUUGUACAAAUUUGUCAACCGAUAUCUGUCCAUAUAGUAGUAAUCCGAUCAUGAAUAGUAACAAUAAUAAUAAUUCAUUGAAUUCAAAUGUUUUUGUCAGUGAUUAUUGUUGUACACGAUCAAUUGUCUGUAAACCGACAAGUUGUACCAAUGGGUUGAUGAAUACAGGCGGCGGCGGCGGCGAAGAAGAAGAAGUACUAGCCGGGAAUACAUCGAGUUGUACUGGGACAGCUGUAGUCAGUUGUUGUAUGCGUAAAGUUGUCUGCUGUAAUAAUACCACGUCGACAUCUUUACCAGUUUAUUGUAGUCAAGUGAGUAAAGAGGGAAAUUCAACUACCACUACUACUAAUAAUGACAAUAGUAAUAGUAAUACUGGUAAUUCUGGUCUUAAAACAACACCACUAAAUAAAAUGUUAACCUGUUGUCCUUGUUCACCGAAAAAGCUGAUCACUAGUCAAUCGUGUGAAGUACAGACUGAUUUUGAUCCAGAAUUCAGUUAUUCAGAUUAUGCAGAUUUAGCAAUGCUGUUAGCAGCAACACCAACGCCGACACCAUCAAGUCCAUCUCAGGAAACACCACCACUCCCACCACCACUACCACCAACUACAACAACACCAAUUUCACCAUCAGGAUUAUCACCUUUCCAAUCCUUCUCCUCAGCAUCAUCGUUGUCGUCGUCAUCAUCAUCAGAGAUCCAUCAAAAAAACGAGUUGUAUGAAAAUUUUCAAACAGAAUCAAUGGCUGAUAUACUUAAACGAUAUAGUGAUACUUGUAGACAGGAUGAUAAGCACACGGCUGUCCAGAAUAAUAAUACUAAUCCUAUGAAUUCAGAUAAUAAUGAUAAUGGCAAUCAUUCAGUCACACUAACUGGUCUUUCAUCUAGCCUAGAUUUAGAUCUUCGAACGGAACCGAUUUCCGCCUCCUCUUCUUCCUCUUCGUCGUCGUCGAAUAUUAUAGUCUCUUCUAAGGAUCAUCAACAGAGGAGUACAUCCCUGGAGAAUUUAACUGUACAAUGGCCUAAAAUUGUACAAACAAAUGCUGUCACUUAUCCCAAUAAUAAUAAUAAUAACAGUAUUAAUAAUAGCAAUAGUAAUAAUAAUAAUAAUGAUACUGUCAAUAGGUAUUAUUCUGAUCCUUCUCAACGACAACCGACGCUGCCACUGGCGCCACCAGCACCACCACAACCAAGACGUUAUAUAUGCCGUGAAUGCGGUACAUCAUUUCGUCAAAAUGUACACUUACGUAAGCAUAUUAUGGUACAACAUACUAAAGAAAAGCCUUAUCGUUGUACCUACUGUGAUUAUACAACUGUAGAGAAAAGUCAUUUAACUGUACAUAUACGUAUACAUACUGGAGAAAGACCGUAUAGCUGUAGGGAGUGUGGUUAUUCAUCAGCACAGAAUUGUACACUGAAAUCACAUUAUCUACGAAAGCAUCCUAAUAAUUUGAUUGAGUGUCAUUAUUGUUCUGAAUUAUUUUUCACUGAACUUGAAUUAUCUAAACAUCAUCGGAUAUGUCGGCUAUCACAACGGUGAUUUUGAUAUGUUAUUUACCACUAUUAUUAUUAUUAUUGUUAUUAUUAUUUAUUAUUGUGAAUAGUUACUCCGGUGUGUUGAUAAAGUACAUUGUCACAAACGUGUAAACAGCGCAGAGACUACUUAUUUUGUAUAGUUGUAUAGAUUUAUUUUUAGGUUAUUUGUUACUGUCAUUAUUAUUAUUGUUAUUAUGGUCGACUGUGAUUGUGGUAGUCGUUACCUGCUCCCUUUCUCACUACUUAAAUAAAAAUACCUACCACGGCGAAUUUUCACUGACUGACUGACAAUGAUUUCUUUCGUCUUUGCCAGCUAGCUAGUGAUACGUAAACUGCUAUUACAAAUUUUAAGGGGGUAGGUUCACUUGUAUUUAACGAAUCCGUGUGAUUGGAUUGAUUCAUCGUUGUUGCCUUUUUUUCUUUCUUUUCUACUAUUGAUCCUGAUCUUUUUUUCUUUUUGUUUUUUGAAUAAAUAAAUGAACUGCUCAUGCUAUUAUUAUUAUUAUUAUUAGACUUUUUUGUGUUCUCUGUGAGUUGGUUAACCUGAUUGUAGUACAAAGCCGCC